CGCGAACAACCAUGAAUUAGGUUUCUCGACAACCAUGGAAAGGUUCCCUCUCAUCGACGUCCCGUCGGAGGACGAUCGCGUCUCCUCGUCCUCCUCUUGCGAUGUCUCCGUCCACCAAAGCACGUCAGUGAUUGCUGGUUCUGAGUAUGGCAAGAGUCAAGAGAAAAUGAGCAAGCAAAUGAAACAAGCUCUCCAGCCAGUAGAAUCCUCGGAGCAAAAACAAUCAAAGACCAACAAACAUUACUUGCGGAACAGUUUAGAUUGGGAUAGAGAUUUUCUUACAAGUGAAGGUGUUCUGAAUAAUGAAGAAUUGGCCAUCAUAAACAGCACAUUCAAGAAGAGUGAAGCAUGUUCACUUCCUAUAAUUACAGAAGAAGCAAAAAAAACAACAGAAUUAAACUCAUAUUUAGAUAAUGAUAGAUGGGCUUUGGAAAAGCUUGAGGUAGAUUUGUUUAAAAAUGUACAAGCUUCCAAUCAAAAGACUCCUGGUACUGGUGAAAAAGCUUUGAAAUUGGCACAUCCCAGCAAGAAAAUUAAUCCAGCGAAGGGAAGGGCACUGCCCAAUAAAUCACCGGUGAAGUCUGAACCAUCUCGUCACAAUAAGAAGAAGUCUCCCGUGACAUCGGAGAGACACGGUGUUAGCAACCAUCUCCGUAAGCAUGAUUCUAGAGGGGCCACUGUUGUUACAGAUGUGGCUGUUGGUGGAAUUACUAGUUCGAGGACAGUGUCAAAGCCAACAAGAGUUUUGUCCAGAGCAACUGUACAGAUGGUGCCAGCCAAGACAAGUUUGGUUCCUGCAAAAACCCAAAUAAGAACCAGUAAUACAAAAGAAAAGCCAGGCAAUGUGGUAAUGCCAAAAUCUGUUGUGGUUUCCAAGAAAAUGAAUGAAGGUUCUUCCAGUGGCAAUUCUAAGUCCUCCCAACCAUCAAAAACGACUUCGACUUUGGUCAGAAAUUCAGUGGACAGAAAUCUUAAAUCUCCUUCGGACAUAACAAGGAUGAGUAGUACAUCUAGAGCUACCAAUCGCUCCUCAUCUGGAUCAAUCACUAAUAUAGCAUCUAUGAGGACAAGCAGAACUAAAACUGUCGGUAGAAGUGCAAGUAAUUCUACAGUAUCUUCAAAUUCUGCUGUGAAGUUAACUUCAAGUACACCAAGUAGCUCUUUUGACAGUGCUGCUUCGGGAUCAUUUUCAUCAACGCGCUUUGCUGUGAAAUCAGCAAUCAAUAGCAUUGAAACCGGUUCUCCAUCCUUGUCAUUGGAAAGUGCUGACAAUGAUAGAGUUCAUUCGGCAGGUUGCAGUUCAUGCCUCAGAUCUGAAGAUCAUGGGGAUCAGUCUUCCAAACUGCAUGCUACGAAAAAUACUCCAGAUGAUGAAGUAACAUCUAAGCCAUCCAGAGGGGAUCAUCCAAGAAGCUCCACUAACAAUAACUCUGCAACAAAAUGCUGCAGAUCUCCAGUGAAGAAACCAUUAACCACACAGACUAGCAAGCAGCCCAGUUUUCUGAAAGCCACCACCGGAGCCUCCAAGACUGAUUCAGUGAAUAAACUAAAACACGAUACAAUUCAGCAUACUACACCUGGGACUCGAAACAGAGCCCUCAAUUCUGGUUCUUCACAAACUCAUUCUGCUGCUCUUACUCGUAACCGGAAGCACAGAUCCCAAUCUCUUGAAAAACUACCGAAGCUUGCCGAAUAGAAUGACUUUACUGGUUUAUCUGAA